ACCACCACCCUGUCGAAAGCGAUCUCUUACGGAAGCGUAAUAGUCUCGGGUUCGCGGUGCAAUUUUCUUCAACUCGAGAAGCUCGAUGUUCUGUUCGUCGUGAGAAACAGUUCCACUAUCACGGCAUUCUGCUGCUGAAUCGACGCGGCAUUUCACUGAAGGCUUGUCGAAAAUAAACCAGCAAAAUGAUCACGGCAUUGCCAGUGCCCUCGGUGAAGGUCUUCCACAAAACUUAUUAUCAAGAAAAAGGAGCCAGGAUAACAAGUAGUCAACCUGGCAGCCCCUUAACUGAGAGUGAAGCGGUACUAGCGUUAAUGGACAAGGAACCACCGGAGUACUACUUCUGUGGCAAGGUCAAUUCGUUACACGUGGUAGUUGGGUCAUUGCUGCUCGGCGCCGUGGUAUUGGUAGUAGGCCUGGUGCAGCUUGCACCCGGAGCCGAAGCUGCACAAAACUCGACCGCCCUUAUUGCUGUCGGAUGCAGUUUACUAGUGGUUGGCGUACUUCUCGCGCCACUCAGAGCUUUGUGCAUAAAGAAACAAAAGGCUGCCCAGAAGGAUGGAACGCAUCAAAGAAGUGUAACUAGCAUAGAUAUGCUUCUUGCUCAACAUAGAGACUUCACGGUUUUGACGCCUGACGAACUGGAGGACCUCGUUGGCCGACCAACCUCCAACCUGGAGAAUAAAAUUCGUAAACAGGGCCACAAUACCUAGGUAUUGUCGGCCUCGAAGAAGGCCCAAUCAUCGUCAUCACCGUGCUCGAACACGCCAUCGUCAUCGACAUCGCCGGGAACUAAUUCAUCAAUUCUCUACACGCAUCGUUACGAUUCUCGUGAACACAGUCUGGUUUAAAAUAUCUGGCGCACCGUCAGCCACCUCUUUAGAGAAUCAGUUCCGACUAAUUGUGCACGCAGCAAGUGCUCUUUCUUUCUACGAA